AUGGUAGCCGAAGAGCUCAACACACCCCGACAGCCGGAAUCAUUGGCAACUCCCCACUCAUUAGCGACAUUCACUGGAGUAAAAUACGCAGAAUUUAAGCAUCUUCGGCCAUUGAAGCUCUUGCAUCGCGUUGCAAAGCAGAAGAUAUCAUCAUAUUUGUCAAAUCUGCUGCAAUGCGGCAAAUUAUCAGUACAUGCCAAUGGCGUGCGCUUCUUCCUUCGGUUCUUUUACCAGCUUGGCAGCCUCAAUUCCUCACGAUGGUAG